UCAGUCACUUGUCUGCUUUUUGUCCUCCACCACAGUUUCCCUUCCUCUUUGAAAUAACUCCAACAUCAGCAGCAACAGCAACAGCAUCAUCAUCUAUAUGCCAUACUAUCUAAUCCUACUCGCCCAUCUUACCCCACAAAUCGAUCGAUCGUAUUAUAUUUUCCUCUGCAAACAAACGCCCAGCCACACCCGCGCACACAUACUUACAUAUCUAUUUCCCUCUCCUCUUUUGUUCCUGUCCCAUUCCUUUUUCUUUUGUUUCUAUAUAUGUACAGACUUCAUCUCCCUCUCUUCAGCCUCUUCGCUUCUCGUCAUGCUCUUAUAUCCCACCUCCCCUCCUGGCUUCUAUCCUUCUUUCGUCCUCUAGCAAAUAAAAAAAUGUAAUGUUUAUGGUAACUUAUAACCUAUUGUGUAC